CCCCCAGCGCCCGUCGACGCCGCUCCAGUACAGCGCCGGGCGCCGCUCCAGUACAUAACACCACAAAGCCCUCACGCCUCGACCGCGCGCGACGGACGCCGCCGGGCAGAUAUAUAACACCAAAGCCCACCAUGCCGUCCACCGGCAAGGCCGAGUCGGCCAAGAACAAGAAGAUGCUGGGCCAGCAGGUCCGCACCGCGAUCGAGGCCCUGCACGCGGAGAACGAGGAGCUCAAGAAGGAUCUCGCGCGCGAGACGAGGCAAGCUAAUUUGACGGCGACGAUGGGCAAGGGCCAAGGGUCCCAGGCCGCCAGACUCCAGGAGGAGGCCGACUUGUACCUCAAGAAGAUCGAGAACGAGCGCAACAAGAUCGCUACUUUGGAUGCGAAGAUUUCGCAGUGCAAGAAGGAGAUGACGGCCCAGAGGCAGAAGAUGGGCGGUGUGAACGCGGGCAAGGAGAACCACGACAUGCUCGUCAAGCAGAUCAAGCUCAUGGAGAAGAAACUCGACAAAGCCUUGCAGAAAUUCAACGAAGCGCUGGCCCAGAAUAAAACUUUAAGGGGUUAUAUUGAUAGCUUACAUAAGGAGCGCGUGGUCUUCGACGGCAUCUACAAGAAGCUAGAAUACGACUUACAUAAGAAGAAGAAGGAGAUGGCCGCGAUCAUUGAGGAUUCGAAGAAUGCCCAGCGACGGGCGGACCGCUCGCAGAGAUCACUGGACAAGCUCAAGCAAGGCAUGGAGGACGAGAAAAAAGCAUUUGAAAAAGAAUGGGCCGACCUCGGCGCGCUCAUGGAGCAGGACCGCCAGUUGCAAGAGGCGCUGCGGAGGAAGGAGCGCGAGGAGCACGAGCGCAAGACCGCAGAAGCGUUAGCAGCCUCCCAGAGGGCCGACGAGGAGCCGUACAUGUCCGAAGACCCCGAGGAGUCCGAGGAGGAGGAGGAGGAGUCUCCCGGUAAAAAGAAGAAGGUUGAAGAAGAUAGACCGAAGCUGACCGAAGAAGAGGUCGCGGAAUAUCAAGCUACGUUUGAGAGGAUCACCAAGGCCACCGGGAUACAAACCGUCGAAGAACUCGUGGACACGUUCCAGGACAUCGAGCAGAAGAACUUCUCGCUGUUCAACUCGAUCAACGAGUUGAAUUCCGACAUCGAAGCGACCGAAUUGGCGAUCGCGGAGACCAAACUGGAAACGGAGAAGUUCAAGGGCCAGGGCGUCAGUACGGACACGCAGCGGAAGCGCGUGCUCAAGGAAUUGGAAGAAAAACUUGAGAAGACUACUGCGGCCGCCGACGCGUACGAGCGGAAGCACCAGGCAGCGUCCAAGACCAUCGGACAGUUGAAAACUGGCAUCCACUCGAUCUUCUCGCGAUUGGGCGGCACGAGCGCCGCCGUCGAGGAAAUGCUCGGCAACCAGGGCGUCACGGAGUCGAACAUGCUGCAGUACCUCGAGAUCAUCGAGCAGCGCACCACGGAAAUAUUGGAGCAGUACGCCGCCACGCAGCCCGACUGCACGCCCCACCCGCCGGGCACUUCGGCCAUCGGCGUCGUCAUGCCUCCGGCCAACCGCAUCGUCGUGGCCCCGCCCGCAUAUGAUGACAUGGACGAGGACGACGAGGAGGAUGACGACGAAAGGCCGUUCACGCGCGGCGAGAUCGUGAAGAAGACGCUGCGGGGCCUCGAGGCGAGGGAGAAGCAGAAGGCCGAGACGCGCGAGAAGCAGCUGACUAAGUUAUAG